UCUCUUACAUUAUACCGUCGUAGAUUAGUGUGGUAGCUGCAACGACAUCGGGGGCCCAUCGACCGGCCGGCCAUCAACCGCCCAUCAUCUCCUGCCUCAACAUCUCCCCAUCCCCUCCCAAGCACUGGCUCUCCUUCUUCCUCUCUCAUACACCAACUUCAACCACGCAUCACCAAUAAACCAACUCUACUCACUCUUCUUACACUCCCAGAAUACUCUGGACGACGAUCGUUGAUUCUAUAUAUUACCAUCCUGGUACAAUAACCGCCGCUCGUUAAUUGUUGAUCGUUAAUUUAUCCACUCGCUUCCUUUAUUACCCCAGCCGUCGCCACUGACAACCUGACCACCCUGCACCCGCAUCAAGAGAGACUACAACAAUUUAGAUUAGAUUAAUUGUGGCCACCACCCCCCUCGAAACUCACAUACAAUACACUCAAAUACCCCAUUGUCGUCGCUGGUCGGAGACAUCACACACUCGCUCAACUACUACUACCGAAUAAUACACGUACAACUGAAUCAAUUGGCAUCAAAACGAGAGCACACGACACACCAGUCCACCCCUUUCUUAUCGCCAAAAAGUUGGCAACACACAUACCUUCCCAGCAAAUCAACGCUAUACCCCUCACAAAACCGCAGCCAUGAAUAUCAACAAGCGCCUCGAUCGCGUGAAGCAAUGGGCCGGCGAGAAGAUUGGCGCCGAGUCCAAGACGAGCGUGUCUGAUGAAUUCCGCAGUCUCGAGACCGAGAUGCAGCUGCGCCAUGAUGGCAUGGACAAGAUGCACAAAUCGACCACCGCAUACAUCAAGUCGCUCUCGAAGCGCGACGAAGGCGACGACAGGGAGAAGGUCCUCCCCGUUGCGCGCUUUGGCCAGACCCUCGCGAACCACGGCGACGAUUUCGAGCCCGAUUCCGAGUUUGGCAAUUGUCUCAUCGCAAUGGGACGAACCAACGAGCGCAUCGCCCGCGUCCAAGAGACCUACACCGCACACGCCACAACCGGCUGGCUCGAAUCCCUCGAGCGCUCCCUCGUUCAGAUGAAGGAAUACCAAGCCGCGCGCAAGAAGCUCGAGGGCCGCCGCCUCGCCUACGACGCCUCGCUGUCCAAGAUGCAGAAGGCGAAGAAGGAGGACUUCCGCAGCGAGGAGGAGCUGCGUUCGCAGAAGGCGAAGUAUGAAGAGUCUAGCGAGGACGUGUUCAGGCGUAUGCAGGAUAUCAAGGAGGCGGAGGAGGAUAGCGUGGCGGAUCUGGGCGCGUUCCUCGAUGCGGAGCUGGAGUACUAUGAUCGUUGCCGCGACGAGCUCAUGCGUCUCAAGCGCGACUGGCCUGCUGCCCAAAAACGCGCCCAGUCAACCACCCGCGCCAACCGCUCCCGCUCAAACACCGCACACUCCUACAAAGAGCGCUACGCCGCCCACGAAGACACAAUCCCAGAGGACCAGCAGCGCCCCGCCAUCCGCUCCUCCGCCCGCGUCCCAUCAGCAACAUAUCUCUCCCCCACCACCUCCCACGAAGCCCCUCCUCCUCUCCCAUCCAACCGCCCCUAUCUUGCGCGCGCUCACACCAUCGAGUCCCCCAGGCGCGAUAUCACGCCCCCUGGUCGCCAGGCUAGUUUCGCGAGCGACGCCGGAGUGGCGAGGGAUCGCUUGAGACCGACGAGUCGGAUUCGCACGGCGGAUUUGUUUGGGGAUCCUAGUGAUGACUCGGCGGCGUAUAGUGGGACGGAUCGCUCGCCGAGGGCGGGGAGUGUGAGCCCUGCUACGUCUGCGGGGAGUGGGGGGGAUGUGUCGAGGAAGGCGAGCUGGGCGAAUUUGAGAGGGGGGGUGAAUGGGGUGAAUGUGAAUGGGGCGGCAGGAGGGGUGGUGAAGAAGGGACCCCCGCCGCCGCCGCCGUCGAGGGGGAGGAAGAUUGCGCCACCGCCGCCGCCGCCGAUGAAGAGGGCGUAUUAGAAGGGCGUUGUGGAGGGCCAAGGCCGUGUUUUGCUACUUGUCUAUUGUCAUGAGGCUACGCUUUGUCCUGCGGCCUUCUGGGUUUGUUUUGUUUUGUCUAUUUUGUAAUUUUUUUUGGCGGGAUUUGGGACGGAUGGACCAUACCGUACCUCAACGCGAGGAUGGGUGGCUUUUUUUCUUUUUACUGGGUUGGGGUCGUGGAUGGGAUUUGUACUGUACAAUAGCUUGUGGGCUUGAGAAUGCGGCGAGUGAGUUCGUAUGCAUGGGAUGUGAGAAGGGAGAGGUCUUUGGGACGCGGUGGGGUGGGAUGCGUCAUAGAUAGAGGAAGAAACCUACUAUGAUAGUAAACUUCUAUUAC